AGUGCCAAGUUGUAAACAUGCGCAUUCGCUAACACAUUCAACUCCCGUUUGGCAAUUGUCCUAUAACAGACUUAUCCACAUUUUCCUACAAGAAGUGUUAAUCUAAAAAAAUGAAAAAUAUAGAAUUAAAUUAUUAUAACCCCUACAAAUUAUGAUAGCAUAAUGUUAAAAUUUAAUGUAAUGUAUGUGCUUUUAAAAAAACCCAAUUACUCACUAAUAUAGGAAAGUUCGGCCAUUUUCGGAAUUUUUUCAGUGCGACAAAAGAUUGCAAGCUAUAUUUUUGUGGGGAAAAAUCAAUUGAGUUAUUUGCAAAUCUUCAUUAACUUUAACCUUGUGCUGUAACUGAAGUAAUGUUUAAAGUAGCAUUUAAGUUUAAAUUUUAUUACACCGUUACCGGAAUUAGUAAUUAAAAUCGUUGUGAAAAGUGUUAAGUUUCUUCAAUAUGUUGCGAAACAACUCGGGAAUCAAACGGGUCGUUAAAGUUUCGAAGUAAAAUUGUACUCACACGAAAAUGAAAAAAUUUACAUUCAAGGGAGUCCUUGAUGGUUUUCGACAAAGCGUGCAACCACAGGUUUACCGACAAGAGCAGGAAAUUCCGGAACAUUUAAAGGCGGAACAUUUUUCACUUAAAAGGACUUUUCGGCACGGAUUUCCCUACUCACCAACUGCAUUCGCUUUUGACCCCGUGCAAAGACUUCUAGCGAUUGGCGAUAAAUCUGGGUUCAUUCGAAUACUUGGACGUCCAGGUGUAGAUGCUCACGCGAAACACGAAGGCGAGUCGGACUGUGCAGUAAUAUUUUUAGAAUUUCUGAUCAAUGAGGGAGCACUUGUAACGGUUACAGCGGAUGACACAUUACAUUUGUGGAGUAUACGGCAGAAAACACCGCAAGUAGUUCAGAGUCUCAAAUUUCAAAGAGAGAGGGUAACAUGCCUUCACUUACCUGUUGGAAGCAAAUGGCUAUAUGUUGGAACAGAAAGGGGCAAUAUUCAUGUGGUACAUGUGGAAACAUUUAGCCUUAGUGGCUACAUAAUAAACUGGAACAAGGCUAUUGAAGUGGUUAGAACUAGUCAUCCUGGUGCUGUGAUUGCGUUAUGUGAUAAUCCCAUAGAUGCAAACAAGCUACUUAUUGCUUUUGAAUGUGGUCUUCUUGUGCUGUGGGACUUAAAAAGUAAAUGUGCGGAAUUUCGUUGGCAAGCUACCGAACCAGUCAAAUCGGUUGCUUGGCACUAUGAAGGCAAAUACUUUGUUUCCUCUCAUACGGAUGGUUCCAUAUGUACAUGGCCAACCAAACCUGUAGUAAAACCUCAAUCGGUUAUUUGCCCUCACGCUAAAGUUUCUAAGGAAGGCACAAUAGAAAAAUGUAAACCUAUUUAUAAAGUUGAUUUAAAAACUUCUCAAAUGAGUGAUACAUUUACAAUAUUUUCUGGUGGAAUGCCCACUGAGAAAAGUUCUAAAUCAAACUGUAUAACUGUUAUGGUUGGGAAAUCAACAACUGUCUUGGAAAUGGAACACGCUGUCGUUGACUUUAUUAUUCUUUGCGAAAAUCCUUGGUUCUGCGAAACCCAAGAGCCCUAUGCGAUAGCAGUACUUCUACAAUAUGACUUAGUUUUAAUAGACUUACUCACGCCCGGUUUUCCAUGUUUUGAAUCGCCUUAUCCUAUGGACUUACAUGAAUCACCUGUUACAUGUUGCACCUAUUUAACUGAUUGUCCUUCGGAUUUGGUUCCUGCUUUUUACUCCGUUGGUCGCACAACAACUAGUAAGAAAACUGGUUUUUCUGAACGAGAGUGGCCAAUUAAUGGCGGGGAAUGGUUUCCCGCAUCGUGCAGUUAUUCGGAAAUCGUAAUCACUGGACAUCAAGAUGGCACAUUAAAAUUUUGGGAUUCGGGAGCAGGAACUCUGCAGAUUCUGUAUAAGUUGAAAACGGCAAAAGUUUUUGAAAAACCGAAAAAUUCACACUCAGAUAGUGGUAACGAUAAUCCAUUUGCCAUACAUCAUAUAUAUCUUUGUUCCGAAUCACGUCGAUUAUGUGUAGCUGGUGCCGUGGGACAAGUUAUGUUGUUUAAAUUUCGAAAAGUCGAAUUAACGUCUGAGGUUAUGGCGUUAGAGAUUUCUAUACUUUAUGAAAACUUCGACGAUAUUUAUGGUACGAGUCCAGAGUGUGAUUUUAUACCACAUCAAGUUCAAAAAACCGAGUCAAGUGAUUCUGAUAAGGCCGACUGUUUGUUGAAAGUAAAAAUGGGCUCACAACGAAAACCCCCCGGGUUUCAAUCGCAAUUAGUUUGUCUGACUACUGGCCCAAACAGAAGAAAUGUCCAAGUCACAUCCUUAUGCAUUAAUUCCAGUUAUGGACUUAUGGCAUAUGGAACUGAAUAUGGGCUUGUUGUUAUUGACAUUGUACAAAAAAUUUGUUUGUUGAGUGUGGCGUGUCCUGACCUGUAUGGCGCUAAUGAUCCUUACUCCAGAAAUCCUAAAAGUCCAAAGAAAAUUGAAAAUAAGGAAGAACAAAGUCGGUCGCCCAGUUCGGAUCAGCUGAACGACACCACUAGUCCUGACAGCCCAUCCAUUGAAUUUAUUCCCGAAACAAAUGAGCCUUUUUCAUCUUACCAAAAUCAGUCAAAUUCAUCGCGACUCACAUCUCCGGAAAAUGAAGGUAUAUCGAUGAAUGUUGUGUCGAAAAGUCCACUUCGUGAGGAAACAACCGUAGCGCCAAAAGAAUUGCAGGACAGAAGAAAGUCGAUGUCAUGGAAAACUUUUAAUCUUAAACGUCAAUUAUCUAAAGUCAAUAUGAAAAUUGGAAUCAAUGUGAAUACAGAAAUCGAUUCCUUGAAAAACAAUUCAGUGUUUUACAUGCAAAAAGAAUCAUCGCCAAUUGAAAGUAGUGGUGAAAGUGUAUCGCCAAAAGACAAAAACAUUAGAAGUGAGAGUAAAGAAUAUACCUGUGAUUUUGGCAGCGAAGCUGAUUCCGAACAACGUGAUUGUGAUGUUCAACAAAUAAGUACUUUCGCUACAAAAAGUGACAUUCAUACAAAUUCACAUCCAAAUGAUGUUGCGACAGAUGACGGUGAUAUUUUUGACAUUACAAAUGAAUUUCAAACAAACAUGAAAAAAGUCGAGUUCGAAAAAGAGACAACUGAGAAUUCCCAAACUUCACGACCUAGUGACUUGCCUCUCUGUGCGACAGGUGAUACUAAUCAGGGAGAUACCAUGUGCGCUAAAACAGCGCGACAAAAUUUUAAAGAGAAGCAAAGGGAUCAGCGUCUACUAUCAGUUCCGAAUAUUAAAUAUCAAACCAGAGAUAUUCGAGCAAGGACAAAUAAAAUUGAUUCCUCGCCGUCUCUAAGCGGAAAUGUUUCAAAAAAGAUAUAUAAAUUGGACGGCUCCUUUUCAAGAUCCAGAUCAUCAUCUAUGUCGAGCAUUGAUAUGUCUUCCUCUGAAUCUGUUACAAGUUUAGCUUUUAUUGAAAGUUAUGGAAAGAAAAGUGAUAAUUUAACACUCGUUCCUACACUUUGGAUCGGAACUAGUUUCGGUUCUAUUUUAACUCUUCUGAUAUCUCUACCUGAGAGAGAGUCACGAAAAACACAACCUGUGUUAGUGACAAUUAAUGGCCCGCUGGUGCGAUUAAAGGGUUCAAUUACAUCAAUGUCAUUUUUAGACUCAUUUGGUUCUUUAAUUCCUUAUUCAUUUGAAGCUUGGCGUGAUGAUGGAAAAAAGGACCGCACCCCAACAAAAAGUAGUAAUAAAACGAGCCCAACUUUUACACCAACAACUGCCAACACAAUAUCAAAUACUCCGGGUGGAAAUGUUUAUAGCAGCAGCAGUAAUGCCAGCAGUAGCGGAAUAAGUGGAAGCCUUAGCACUGGGCUAGAUUCUUUAACAGAUAGACAAUAUAUAGUAAUCACAAGUGAAAAGCAAACAAAAGUCUUCGAUAUUGCAAAUCAAAGUUGUAUUUAUCGCAUUAAUUUAUCAGAAAUGGAUUUUGCAGUCAAAGCGGAAACUAUUUCAAUGAAAGAUGGUUCUUGCUUAGCGACGUAUCUAUCCAAUGGACAUUUGAUGGUUCAUAGUCUUCCUAGUCUAAGAUUACUAAUGGAUACCGAUUUUUUACCCUUGAUGGAAUUAAGUUUUCAAACAAAGUGCAAGCAAGGAAUUGUGGAUCCAAUGCUGUCUAUUUGGGGUCAGCAAAUCAUUGUACACGAAGACACAACUCAAAUUUCAAAGAUAUUUUGCUUUAGUCACAAAGGGCAUGGAUUGUACAUGGCAACACCCACCGAAAUUCAGAAAUUCACAAUAUCAUCAGAAUUCUGUCAAUUUAUUUUGGAGAUGAUGGGUGAAUUAUACACGUCGCAUGAAAUGCCUGAGCAACCGAAGGAGAGCUUUUUUAAAGGCUUAUUUGGAGGAGGAGCGAAAAGUUUGGAUAGAGAAGAACUUUUUGGCGAACAAAGUGGGAAAGCAAAUAGAUCAGUUGCCAAACAUAUACCUGGUCCAAAUUUGGAUCAAUUAGGACAGCGAGCUUCUACUGCAGCCUCUGAGAUAAGUAGAGCGCAUCAGUUGGCAAUGGAAAGAGGCGAGAAGCUGAACUUACUGGAGGAGAGGGCGGAACGCAUGGCCAACACAGCUCAAGACUUCAGUGGAACAGCACAUCAAUUAAUGCUUAAAUAUAAAGAUAAAAAAUGGUAUCAGUUGUAAAAAUCUAUUUUAAGAUCUAAUUCUACCACAGUUAUUGUAAUAUUGCUUUUAUAACACUUUCUACUACAUCAUGUACACUUAUUUAAUUUCUGUUUUCAAAUAGUAAUGUUAUUUAUAAACUGUUUUUAAUAAAAAUUUAGACAAA